UCAAUGUCUGCUGAUCCAGUUAAACCGAUUCUCGCCACAAAGCAUUAUUCGGCACUUGAACGACGGUUGUAUAAAAUAAUGUUGGCCAUCGAUGAAUGUGUAAAACAACAAAAAAAUGGAAUCAAAGAUGUUGUAAUGGCGGAAUACCAUAGUGAUGAGAUUCUCGAGAAUGCAAUGGAUUUCUUGGCUAAUGACGGCGAAAAUGAAGAAACGAAGGGAGAGAAGAAUACAGACUUUAAUAAUUUAGAGACAAAUUUAAAAUUGCAGCGAUAA